CAGUCAUUCACCGGACUACCAGCCCACAAUACACACACCAAACAUGAAGGCCUUUAUUGUGUUCGUCUGCUUAGCGGUGGCGACGGCUCGUGCCGGUAUCGCCGGUGGAUACGGCGGUCACGGCUAUGGUGGUCACGGAAUCGCCAUCACUGGACACGGACUCAACGGCGGUCACGGUCUUAGCGGUGGACUCGGUCUUGGCGCUGGCACCGCUGCCUCCCUCCAGGGUGGUGCCUCCAGCUUGGGAUCCGGCGGUCUCGGUGCCAGCUAUGCCGCUGGUGCCGCGGCGGCGGCUGGCUCCGCUGGAGUUCAGCAGAUCGUCUCUGGUGGAGUCGUUGGUGGCAGGUCCGACAUCGGACCCGCUGAGGGACCCAAGGCCAACGUUGGACCGCAGACCGGCCCGUCUGAUCUCGUAGGACCGCAAGAAGGCGCCAAGUCCGUUGGUGGACCUCGCACUGGACCGUCCAGCCUUGUAGGACCCGCUCAAGGCCCAUCCACCCUCGUUGGACCGUCUCAGGGAACCGCCACCCUCGUUGGACCUUCCCAGGCUACCGCUAACCUCGUCGGACCUAGCUACGGAGGUGUCGCCUUCUACGCUGGUGCUGGUGGCAUCAACGGUGACGAUGGAAGCUCCGGUGCUGCUGCCAACGCCGCGCCCGGUGGUGGAUUCGGAGCUGGAGGUGGAUUCGGAGGUGGCUUCGGAGGUGGCUUCGGAGGUGCUGGCAUUGCUGUCAUCGGAGGAGGUGGUGGCGGAAUCGGUGGUGCCCUCGGUGGUGGUGAUGCCGGAGUUGCUGUGAUCAACGGACCAUCUGGCGCCAUCCAUGCCGGACUCGGCGCUCACGGAGCUGUCAUCCCCGCCAAGUGGUAGACGUUUUAAGACCCCAGCGAUCUCGGCUCGGCGACGGCGGCAAACCCACCACAGUCACUUACCGGUCUCGAACGAUCCUCAAACGCGCUCAACGUCUUCUUCCCAAAGCUUCGUCCAGUCUCGGAACAUGGUCGGGGUGGCCGACGCCAGUGAUAUGAUCAGCAGACGCUCGGAACGUCGUACGGACGCGUCGUGGGUCGGGUCAGA